GAGGCCACAAGUUUGUUCCGGGAGGCCACCGUCGCGGUCUAGUUGGUCGCGCACCCUAUAUAUACCGAGCCGCCCGCCGAGGCCAACUCACGCUUCCGGCUCCGGCGCCUCGGUCCAACUCACACCAAAGGCGAUCGACACGCGAGUACGUCUCGAGAUCCAUGGAGUCUGCGCCGGCGGCGGCCUUCAUGGAGCGGGAGCGCCUCACGGCGGAGGUGACCUUCUCCGGGGACGCGCAGGCGGCGGCCUCGUCCGAGGGCGCCGAGCGGCUGCCCACCAGCAUCAUCAUCAAGAUCCGGCGCCGCCUCCCGGACUUCGCCCGCUCCGUCAACCUCAAGUACGUCAGGCUCGGGCUCCGCCACGGCGGCAGCCUCACGUCCUACCUGCCCAUGCUGUGCGUGCCGGUGCUCGCCGCGGCCGCCUACUCCUUCGUCCGCCUCGACGUCAUCUACCUCUCCAUCGACCUGCUCAGCUGCGUCGCCUGGCUCGGCACCGCCAUGCUGCUGCUCACCGUCUACUACUUCAAGCGGCCUCGCCCGGUCUACCUCGUCGAGUUCGCGUGCUACAAGCCGGAGGACCAGAACAAGAUCACCAAGGAGGCCUUCCUCGACAUGACCGAGAGCACCGGCUGCUUCAAUGACGAGACGCUCGCGUUCCAGACCAAGAUCACCACCCGCUCCGCGCUCGGCGACGAGACGUACCUGCCCCCCGGCGUCCAGGCGCGCCCGCCGAGGCUCAACAUGGCCGAGGCGCGGCUGGAGGCCGAGGCGGUCAUGUUCGGCUGCCUGGACGCUCUGUUCGAGUCCACCGGGAUCGACCCGCGCCGCGACGUGCGCAUCCUCAUCGUCAACUGCAGCCUCUUCAACCCGACGCCGUCGCUGGCGUCCAUGAUCAUCCACCAUUACAAGAUGCGGGAGGACGUCAAGUCGUUCAACCUGGGCGGCAUGGGGUGCAGCGCCGGCCUCAUCGCCAUCGACCUCGCCAAGGACAUGCUCCAGGCCAACCCCAACGCUUACGCGGUCGUCCUCAGCACCGAGAACAUCACCCUCAACUGGUACUUCGGGAACGACCGCUCCAUGCUGCUCUCCAACUGCAUCUUCCGCAUGGGCGGCGCGGCGGCUCUGCUCUCGAACCGGCGCGCGGACGCCGGGCGCGCCAAGUACCGCCUCCUGCACACGGUCCGGACGCACAAGGGCGCCACGGACGAGUGCUUCAAGUGCGUGUACCAGCGCGAGGACGACGUGGGCAAGGUGGGCGUGUCGCUGGCGCGGGAGCUCAUGACGGUGGCCGGCGACGCGCUCAAGACCAACAUCACCACGCUGGGGCCGCUGGUGCUGCCCCUGAGCGAGCAGCUCAAGUUCCUCAAGUCGCUGAUGAUGCGCCGGGUGUUCCGCGCCAAGGGCGUGCGGCCCUACAUCCCCAACUUCCGGCGAGCCUUCGAGCACUUCUGCGUGCACGCCGGCGGGCGGGCGGUGCUGGAGGAGGUGCAGCGCAGCCUGAGCCUGGAGGACAAGGACAUGGAGCCGAGCAGGUGCGCGCUGCACCGGUUCGGCAACACCAGCAGCAGCUCGCUGUGGUACGAGCUGGCCUACGCCGAGGCCAAGGGCCGGGUGAAGCGCGGCAACCGCGUGUGGCAGAUCGGCUUCGGGUCCGGGUUCAAGUGCAACAGCGCGGUGUGGCGCGCGCUCCGCGACGUGCCGGCCGUGUCGCCCCCGGGACCGGAGGAGAAGGCCUGCAACCCGUGGGCGGACUGCGUCGCCAAGUACCCGCCCAAGGCCUACGUCUGACGAUACAUUACUACGCCGCCGCCGCAUGACUCCACACGAAGAUUACAUGAUUCUUUUCUCCUAUACUUUUUCUGCAUUUCGUUUCCCGUAGGUGGCUGUACCUCAGGUUCCAUGGGCGAGCAGUGCCAUUGUUUUCAGCUUUUGUACUUCAAGUGUGAAUUAUAAACGACAAAUAUAUACGACGAGGUUUCAUUCCA